AUGGCUAGACGUCUGUCCUCCAUCUUCACCUCUGGCUUUCCCUCCGAGGACAAGUCCCAGCCAGGCAUGCCCAAGAGCGCAUCCAAGUCUCCUCGACGAGCCUCGCCUCCGGACGUUUCACGAUCGAAGAGUCCCAGCAAACUCUCAAAGCAAGCCCCGGUGUACAACUCCGCGAGAAGACCUUCAGGACAGCUCCUUGAACCUACCCUGCCGAGCCUGCCGAGUUUACAAGAUCUUCAGCAUGAUCAGGCCAACAACGACCCGAGUCUACUCCCUCCUCCGACUCUAAACUCGGGAUAUCAUUCCAGAAAUGGCUCUACAGAACGCUCAAGGCCUGGGACACCGGGCGGAUACAGUCCUAGCAGGCCUGUCACGCCGAGCAUACAACUCCCCGACCAGCCGCCUAUGACACCUUCGUCGCCCGGAGGUGAUAAUCUAGACAAGCAGAGGAACAAGAAGCAUUGGUGGAACCGCAGUAAAGAGAAGGAUGAAGCGAGCAGAGGCCCAGCUGCGUGGAUCGCCGGCCAUCCACAGCAUCUCCCAUAUGACACCGAUGGACUCUUGAGUGCGAAACCUAUGCAGGAAUUGUGGGACAAUGGCGAUGGUAACUGCCUCGUAUAUUUGUUCCCGCGAACAUCAGGCAGAGGAGCAUCGUUCAAGGUCGAUUCAGCUGUCUUUGCAUCGUCACCAAUGUUGACAAAGCUCGCGUUUGGGGAUGUAUACAGCAGUGCCGCGGUUGUCUCAGGAGACCGCAGGCAGAUGCCGCUGGAGACUCGCGCGCAACAACUUGCGGUCAAUGACCCCGCUACGCCGCCUCUCAGUCCGAAACGCAAUGCCGAGACGACGAGCUCGACGUCAUCCCACGAUUCUCGCGGUCGAUUCUCAACAUUCUCUUCUGAAUCGCAGGAGACACAUCUCUACUUACCUAUCAGACUCAGCAGCGAUGGCGCUGCGCAGACACCUACUACUCCCAAAGCUGACGACCGCGCCGCGCUGGAAGACCUCCAAACCUUGAUCGACUACCGCAACUUCUUCGCCUUCCUUUGCGGUCAAUCACUUGUUGCGACCCCUAGGAGAAGCACAUUCUUCCACAUCUUCAUGACGAUUGCUGGAAUCCUGAAAUCGUAUCAAUUCUCGAACGUCGACGGUUCCACAUACGGCGAGGUUGCGAACUCGAGUUUCGACAACUAUGUCGAAGAGCUUGGUCUUGCCGAUGUGCGAGCGAGUCGAGAGAAGACGAUUGAAGGUGUUGUCCUUGGAGAACGAAUGAAGAGCGUACUAUUAUUCAAUGAAGCCUUUACGCAUGCGGUCGGAAAGCAUGAAGAUUUAAUAUCGUUGAAGAGUCCCAAGUUCAACAUGAUCAGCCCGAUCAUCCAGAACCGACUGACACGCGCGGCCAUGGAUCUGGAGAAACGAGUCGCUUCGAUAAGAUUGAUCAUGACCGACUUUGAGUUUCCCUUCCUCUUUUCUGGGAUUAUGAACUCCAAGACCUCGAUCGAACGGAAGGAGGGUGUGCGAUUCGAUCAGUGGAAAGAGCAUUUCCUCGGCAUGCGCAAAUUCACCAUGGGCAUGUACAAGGCGAAAUAUGGUGACUGGCCUCCUAAGGCUAGCAGCAAGAAGAACACACUGGAGACGUCUGGCCUGAACCGGCUGGUUUUGAAGGAUGUUUACCACGAUUUGUCUUCUCUCUACGAUCUGUUGGUCGAUCGGAACCAUCUCACGACUAGGACUAUCGAUGGUGGUAACGAGGACGGUGGUCGAGACGAGCCAGUCGUGCGAGGUUUAAGAGCGGUGCUGUCGGAGUACGAUCGCUCAUCACCACCUGUCAAGCCUCCAGUGCCCUUCGACUUGCCUAGACUCCCUACGUUAAGAAGCACUCGCAAGGACUUUGGAGCUGACGCCAAGAAAGAUGCAAAGGCCAUGCAGAAGAAGAUCAAGGACGACGAACUCCAAUCAAUACUUCGUGCAAGCUGGAAUGAAGAUGCACCCAGGACGCCCUUCGUUGAGGCUUUCCGCGAGAUGGAGAAACGUGCGGCACACGGCUGCAACAUGAACGAACUGGAAGACCUCCGCAUCGGUCAAUGGAUCUUCAUGUACGUCGUCCUCCAAGCACUGCCCAUGCUAGCAUGCGACGCACCCGGCUUGAAGUGGACAAAGGGCGUCGAGUACUUCCUCUGCGAACCACCCCGAAAAGGCGUUCCCUGGGCAAACCCCAACGCCGCCGGAGCAGGCGCUCAGCGGCGAACCUGGUUCUCCGUCGGCGGCGAGGGUGGUGGUGUGGUCAGCCUCCCCUCAGACAUCGUCGAGCACGGCGUCGAAGGCAUCUACCGCCGCUCGCACUGCUGGGAAAUGGCCGAGAAAUGGUGCGCAUCGAACCCGAUCCUCAGCGAAGCCCUCCAGAUGCAACAAAGCUCCGGUGAUACGGAAGAUCUGCCUCUCCCUCCACCGCCGUCUGGGAAUGACCUUCUACGACCGGAUAGUAGGAAUAGUGCGCGGAGUAGUAAACGGAUGUCGAGUUUCGGCAUUGGACUUGAGGCGUUGCCGUUGCCCGCGGGUGUUACGCCUGAUGGAAGUGCGCCGAGUCCGAUUGAGCGGCCUAGGACGCCUGGAUAUGCGGUCGAUACGACCAAGACGUUUGAUUCGAUCUUGGCAGAUGUGAAUACUGGGAAGGGAGGGAAGAAGAAGAAGUAA